AUGGAUGACAUGGGGUGGGGAGAUCUGGGGGUUUUGGGGCAGCCCUCUAAAGAGACGCCAAACUUGGAUGCAAUGGCAGCAGAGGGGAUGUUGCUUCCAAACUUCUACACUGCCAAUCCUCUGUGUUCCCCGUCAAGAGCUGCUCUUCUUACUGGGAGGCUGCCAGUCCGGAACGGUUUUUACACCACCAAUGCACAUGCCCGAAAUGCAUACACACCACAAGUGAUAGUUGGAGGAAUUUCUAAAGAUGAAAUAUUGUUGCCAGAGAUGCUGAAGAAGAAAGGCUAUGUCAGUAAGAUAGUCGGCAAAUGGCAUCUUGGCCAUAGACCACAAUAUCAUCCCCUAAAACACGGCUUUGAUGAAUGGUUUGGAGCUCCAAAUUGCCACGUCGGCCCCUACAACGACACAAACGAGCCUAAUAUUCCUGUGUACAACAACAGUGAAAUGAUUGGGAGGUACUAUGAAGAGUUUAAGAUCGACAGAAGAACUGGAGAAUCCAAUUUGACGCAGAUCUUUUUGCAGGAGGGCCUGGACUUUAUUCUCCGGCAGAAUGCAGCUCAGAGGCCCUUCUUCCUGUAUUGGGCGCCUGAUGCCACACACACCCCAGUGUACGCCUCCGAGAGUUUCAGAGGAAAGAGCCAACGGGGAAGAUAUGGUGAUGCGGUGAUGGAGCUGGAUCACAGUGUGGGUCAGAUUCUGUCUUUGCUGAAGUCUCUGGACAUAGACAACGAUACGUUUGUCUUCUUCACCUCAGAUAAUGGUGCUGCUCUCGUAUCUGGGAUUGCAGGUGGCAGCAAUGGCCCUUUUCUCUGUGGAAAGGAGACAACUUUUGAAGGGGGAAUGAGGGAACCAGCCAUUGCCUGGUGGCCUGAGCAUAUUAAAGCCGGUUCGGUGAACUUUCAACUCUCCAAUGUCAUGGAUCUUUUCACCACGAGUUUGGCUCUGGCUGGUAUUGAUGCCCCUGAUGAUCGAAUACUGGAUGGCCUCGAUCUGACCCCCGUCCUGUUAAAUAACUCUGACUCUCUCAAAAACAGAGCCAUCUAUUAUUACCGUGGGAACGAGAUGAUGGCUGUGCGGCUGGGUCAGUACAAGGCCCACUACUGGACCUGGAGUAACUCCUGGGAGCAGUUUAAAACCGGUAUCAACUUCUGCCCUGGUCAAGAGGUUCCUGGUGUGACCACUCACGAGCAAAUGAACCACACUCUUCAGCCACUCGUCUUCCACCUGGGUCGAGAUCCUGGAGAGAAGUACCCAGUCAGUGUGCUGUCCAGAGAGUACCUCGACAUCAUGAAGGAACUCAUGCCAAUCGUGCAGAAGCAUCAACAAACCCUGAUUCCUGCAGUUCCUCAGCUCAACAUGUGUGAUCAAUCGGUCAUGAACUGGGCUCCCGAAGGAUGUGAGAAACUGGGGAAGUGUCUGCAGCCGCCAAAACCCAAUCCAUGGAAAUGUGUUUGGCCACAUUAA